AAGUUGACAAUUCAAGCAUUCAAGUUAUCCAAUUUCUCUACAAAAAAAAAAAAAAGUUAUCCAAUUUCUUUGCGUGUGUCCGAAACACAUUUUCCCAAUCCUCUCUUUCUUUGUUAUCGGAUCUAGAAAAUGUGUCCGCUGAGGCUGAUUUUGAUCUUCCUCUCCGCCACUAUUGCCGGCUUCUUUGUCCUCAGAAACCUCAAAUUCGACCACACUCCACAAGAUCAGGUGGCCGUCGCCGAAAACGACGACGUUGUAAAGGAUCCCGUCCACAAAAACCAUCACUCAUUCAAGGCCUGUUCGGCAUUCUGGACCUUUGUGGACAUGGCCAGUGGUCGCUACCUCUGGAGGCAUUUGGUUUCUCCGUCUUUUAAGCGCUCCCAUUAAUCCGCGUCAAUGAGCGCACUGCCAGUUUGUAUUCUCUGUAGGUACGAGGCGAAACCAUAAUUUGCCUCUGUGCUGUUCAUGUUUGUAUUAUUUUGAAAACAAUGUAUCCUUGUUUGUAUAUGGGAAGUUGUAAUCCAAGUUUACGAAUUCCUGAGUUA